AUGAACAUGGGAGGCGCAUGUAGGAUAUCCAUGACGUGGAACUGGUAUACCCUCAGGGCCUGCUUUAUUUCCAAAACAUGGCAAGUGACCUCUUCUGGCAUAUUGACAGGGUUGUGCGUUGGUGUCAUAUGCCUUGUCAUAUCUCUCGAGUUCCUCCGCCGAGUACAACGUGAAUAUGAUGCUUUUACCCAACGACAAGAUCGAGAGCGGUAUGCUUCAGUACCGUUCGCAUCUCGAUUUAGUGCACCAUCAUCGGAGCAUGAAUUUGAGAAUGGCAAAAAUGUGUCGAUUGGCUUUCACUCGGUUCGUACAACACUUCUUCAACAACCACAACUCAAUCGUGUCGCCUUGCUACAACGUCAAAUCCUCCGGGCCCUGCUCCACACGCUUCACUUCGGUGUAGCGUAUUUCGUGCUGUUAAUAGCAAUGUAUUACAACGGCUAUAUCAUCAUUUGCAUUCUCAUCGGUGCAUUUCUCGGUUCGUUCAUCUCUAGCUGGGAUCAGCUUCUCAACGAGAACUGGUAA